AUGGCGACGGCCUUCGAUGCCUACACCGACAAGAACGCCGUCUUCCGCCGCCUCAAGGCCAAGCCCGAGAACAAGAUGUGCUUCGACUGCAACGCCAAGAACCCCACCUGGGCUUCCGUCACCUACGGCAUCUUCCUCUGCCUCGACUGCUCCGCCGUCCACCGCAGCCUCGGGGUCCACAUCACCUUCGUCAGGUCAACGAACCUUGACUCAUGGACUCCAGACCAGCUGAAGAUGAUGGCUUUUGGAGGCAACAACCGCGCACAUGCUUUCUUCAAGCAGCAUGGAUGGACCGAUGGUGGCAAGGUUGAGGCAAAGUACACAUCAAGAGCUGCUGAACUGUACAGGCAGAUGCUUAACAAGGAGGUCGCUAAGAGUGCCACGACGGAUAAUGCCCUGCCGUCCUCACCCGUCGCUGCGUCUGAGGCUUCCAAGCCAUCUGUUGACUUCCCUGAAUUCAAGCUCCCAGAUGCGCCAGCAGCACCGGCAGAGAAUCUGAAUGGGAAGCACGAGCCCAAGUCCCCCAAAGCCGCUCCCCGUUCACCAAAAGCUGCCACGCAUCCCACCUUUGCCACUUCCGUAAAGAAGCCCAUUGGCGCAAAGAAGGUUGGAGGCAAAACUGGAGGGCUGGGUGUUCGAAAGCUUACUACAAAGCCAAAUGAAAGCCUGUAUGAGCAGAAACCAGAAGAGCCAAAACCUGCUGUACCUGCCUUGGCUGCUUCAACUACAACAAAAGGUGGCCCAUCCUUGCAUUCACGUUUUGAAUACGUGGAGAAUGAGCCAUCAGCUGAUUCGAGAACUGGGGGAUCUGGAUCUCGUGUGACUGGCCAUGUAGCCCCACCAAAAUCAUCAGACUUCUUUCAAGAGUAUGGGAUGGGUAAUGGGUUCCAAAAGAAAUCUAGCAAUGCCUCAAAAACUCAGAUUGAGGAAACUGACGAAGCAAGGAAAAAAUUCUCUAAUGCUAAGGCGAUUUCAUCAUCUCAGUUUUUUGGUACUCAAAACAGAGAAGAGAAAGAAGCUCAACUAUCCCUUCAGAAAUUCGCGGGUUCUUCAUCCAUUUCAAGCACUGAUCUUUUUGGUCGUAAUAAUGUGGACAAUUCUAACCUGGACCUAAGUGCUGCUGAUCUCAUCAACAGAAUAUCUUUCCAGGCUUCACAGGAUCUAUCUUCACUCAAGAACAUAGCUGGGGAGACUGGAAAGAAGCUGACAUCUUUGGCCUCCAAUUUCAUCAGCGACCUGGACAGAAUCCUUUGA